AUGAAGACAUUCAGCAAGAACUUAACUAUAAAGCUUAUUUUGACUAUUACACAUAUGGGACUGCUAUAUAUAAUAAUGUUUAUGGAGAAAGGAAAAUGGUACUAUAGUUUGAUUGCACUUAUAGUAGGCACAUUUGCCUUUAAAAGUGUUGCCAUUGCAGGCGCAGCAGUUCUUUCUGCCAAUUUCGUAAGAUACUCUAGUUCUAUGACCUCUCUGCCCAUGAUAGGGAUAGUUGCUUCUUCUAUAUCGGAUACAAUGAAGGAUAUGCGCAUAGAUAAUGAAAACCCAAUUACAUUAGAAGGAAAUGUGAAGGUGAUUGAAGAAAAUUCAAUGGUUUGUGUAAAUAAAGAUAGAAAUGCAGCUCAAAUGAUUACAGAAAGCACAGAGCCACAAGAAAGCAAAGAAGCCCUGGAAAGCAGAAAAAUAACUAAAAAUCCAGAAAAGUCGCCAAUUCAAAAUAGUAGCAGCACAAAGAAAAAAGCAUGUCUGAAACAAGAGCACAGCGAUUUAUUGAAGAAUUUUAAUGAGCAAUAUUCAAAUAUUGAUGAUAUAAAUAAGUUCUUUAGAAAAUAUUUUUAUUAUAUGCUAAAAAAUGCCUAUAAAGCAAAAAAGAAUCUAGUAGAAGGCGGAGAGGAUGAAAAAUAUUAUGGCGAGUUAGAAAAUACAAAUGAAAGUGACGAUGAAGUUGAUAAUGUAAGUGAUGAUGAAAAAUUGCUCUAUAACAAUGAAAGUGGCAGUGGAACAGACUCAAAAAGUCAGAAGAGCCAUUUAUCUGUUGGUUCUAAAGAGGAUAGUGGUUCAACAAGUUAUUCAGAUUGGGAGAAUGAACAUGUGGAUGAAAAAAAGCCGGCCACUCCUCCCCCGGCAGAUGGGUUGAUUGACUAUAUAAUAUCCUUUUUUAGCGGUUAAUAAAAAGCGAAGACAAAAUGAUUUUUUUAUGGAGUUUAACAGUAUUUA